CUAAAAAAAAGUAUAAAAGGGAAGCUUAUCUUUGCACGACUACGCCCCUUCCCCUUUCAAUAUUCAUUGAAUUGGGCGUACACUUUAUCGUAUAACUUAUAUUCCUUUAUAAAGAAACAAACAAAAAAAAAAAAACCGCAUAAUUCAAUAAAAACUUUAUAUUUUAUACAUAUAAACCAUUAUUGCCUUUUAUACUUUCUUUUUUUUUUCUAUUCAUUGUACUCAUGACAAAAUACAUUGUUAUUUCUGGUGGUGUCAUUUCAGGUAUUGGUAAGGGAGUUAUAGCAUCAAGUACAGGUACACUUUUAAAAAGUCUAGGGUUGAAUGUAACUGCAAUUAAGAUUGAUCCUUAUUUGAAUAUCGAUGCUGGACUUAUGACCCCUCUUGACCACGGUGAAGUCUUUGUACUUGAUGACGGUGGUGAAGUGGAUCUUGAUUUGGGUAAUUAUGAACGUUUUCUUGAUGUCGAGUUGAGUCGGAUCAAUAAUAUCACAACCGGUAAAAUAUACCGUCAGGUAAUUGAACGUGAACGUCGUGGCGACUACCUUGGAAAGACAGUUCAAGUCGUCCCCCACAUUACAGAUGCUAUUCAAAACUGGAUUGAAGAGGUAGCCAACAUGCCUAUCGACGGUGAGAACAAGCCUGAUGUCUGUAUUAUUGAGUUAGGAGGCACGGUGGGUGAUAUCGAAUCGGCCCCCUUUGUGGAAGCCAUGCGUCAGUUUCAAUUUCGUGUUGGCCAUGAGAACUUUUGUUUGAUUCAUGUCUCUCUCGUACCUGUUGUAGGUUCUGUAGGCGAACAAAAGACGAAGCCUACUCAGAUGAGUGUUCGUGAUUUACGUGGUGCAGGCCUUUCACCUGAUUUAAUUGCUUGUCGUUCCUCUAAACCUCUUGAUGAAAGCGUGGCUUCUAAAAUCUCCAUGUUUUGUCAUGUCGCCCCUGAACAAGUCUUGGCUGUCCAUGAUGUUUCUUCCGUUUACCAUGUUCCUAUCUUGCUGCGUGAACAUGGUGUGAUUGAUUUCUUUCGUCGUCGUCUUCAUUUGGAUGCCCUCGAGAUCAGUGAUGAGCGACGUUUAGCAGGCGAGCGUCUCUGGAGUGCUUGGACUCGCUUAGCAUCGAGUUAUGACCAUUUACAUGAAACAGUCACGAUUGCUAUCGUUGGUAAAUAUACGGACCUUCAUGAUUCUUACAUCUCCGUCUAUAAGGCACUUGAACAUGCUAGUUUAGCUCAUGGUCGUAAGAUUGAAAUUAAAUGGGUAGAUGCCUCUGAUUUAGAACCUGGCAUCCGUACGAUAAAUCCAAUCAAGUACCAUGAGGCAUGGAAACAUGUCUGUAGCUCAGAUGGUAUCCUUGUCCCUGGUGGCUUUGGUAGUCGUGGUAUCGAAGGUAUGAUCUUGGCUGCUCAAUGGGCUCGUGAACAUAACGUACCUUACUUGGGUAUCUGUCUUGGUAUGCAAAUCUCCGUCGUUGAAUUUGCUCGUCAUGUCUGUCAUCUGCCAAACGCUCAGUCUGCUGAAGUGGAUCCUAAUACGGAUACACCUGUCGUCAUCUAUAUGCCAGAGAUCUCAAAGACGCAUUUAGGUGGUACCAUGCGUCUCGGCCUUCGUCCUACUCUUUUCCAACCUAAUACUGAAGGAUCGAUUGUACGUCGAUUAUAUGAUGGGAAAGAGUCUGUAGAUGAACGCCAUCGUCACCGUUAUGAAGUGAAUCCUAUCCAUGUUGAAACAUUUGAAAAGAAGGGUCUUAAAUUCAUUGGUAGAGAUGAAAAGGGAGAGCGUAUGGAGAUUGUUGAAUUAGAGGGUCAUCCUUUCUUUGUUGGAUGUCAGUAUCAUCCUGAAUAUCUGACUCGUCCUUUAAAACCUUCUCCUUUAUUCAAUGGUCUCAUUAUGGCAGCUAUUGGCAAAUUAAAUACGAUAUAAUUUUUUUUUAUUAUAAUAAUAAACUAUACUAUACUAUACAUAAAGUA